UUUUGCAUAGGAUUAUCAAAGAUGGUUGUCAGAGUCGUCGUCUAUGAAUUUGUAAUCACUGCACCCAGUUUGCACCCCUAAAUAACGCACCGAAACUAGGAGCUUUUACUAUUCGUUAACUAUGUAGGUGAAGCUAGUGACGUGUGGAGAAAGUUGCAGGCUCGUUACGUUCAUUCCAAGCGGCUUCACAAUGUCGACCCGUUCGCAACUGACGAAAGACCUAAACGAGAGCGUGAAGACUCUUCUCGGCCGCCACACCAAAAUUCUGGUAAAAUACAUGGUAAAACUUGAGGUCAAGAGCGAUAAAACGGAGAACCGAGUUUUGGUGUUCACACCCGUGCGCGUGUAUCUGCUCACAGCCAAAGUACCGACAAGGAUAGACUGCCAUUUUCACUACCUAGAUAUACAAUCGAUCGAAAGUCGGAAGCCAACACAUUUUACAAUCACCACCAAUGAUAAGAGUUAUUCCUUUUCUACCAUUGGUGAUGCUGGAAGUUUCACAUCGAAUGCCGACGUUAUUUUAACCGAUUUGUCAUCUGCAAUCAAGCAGAUAUUUCCCACGGUUCCGCUGCGAUACAUCAUACGCAAGAUCGAUGUGAAUCCCAUCGAGCGUACUUCCAUCUUCUCGGACGAAUUGCGCCCAUCCGAUCCGCGCAAUGUGGGACCAUGCGGUGGCUUUAGCAUGCAGUACGCAUGCAUGUGCGAUCUGCAUGCGGUGCAGUACCGGGAAGAGGUAGCAUGGGACAUUGACACAAUAUACCUCUCGCACGAUGCGCGUGUGCUCAAUUUGCGCGACUUUGAUCAUCUCGAGCAGAAAGAUCUGAUGGCGAUCGUGGCCGCGCUGGAGUAUAAUACAUUUUUCCGCGGGCUGAAAGCGUCCCACACACGGCUGUCGACGGAAACGCUCGAGCGGGUAUUGCAGGUGCUGCGGCGAUCACUUUGGCUUGAGGAACUGCAUCUGGAAUCGUUGGGAUUAAAGUCUGACUUUAUACAUAAGCUAGCUGUUGCUGUGAUAUCAAAUUCUGCGCCUGCAUUACGAUCCAUCGACUUAAGCCAUAACGUCAUCGAAGACAAAGGCGCUACACACUUGGCUGGACCAAUAGCGAAAAUGUCGAAAGGCUUUGCCAAGCUGGCACUGGCGCAUUGCGGCCUUACGGCAAAGGGCGUUAAUCAGCUGGCUCAUUCGCUUUCGUUAAAUCAAAACAUUUCCAACUCACUCACGUAUCUCGAUCUGAGUGGUAACAUUCUUAAGGACGACGUGAACAAUCUGUACAACUUUUUAGCGCAACCUAAUGUUAUAGAACAUUUGGAUAUUUCCCGUACGGAUACAACAUUAGAAAGUGUCUUUGGAGCUCUCUUGCGCGGUUGCGCGACCCAUCUUCUCCAUCUGAACGUAUCGCACAAUAAUUUCGGCACGAAGAAAGGCAAAGAAAUACCGCCCUCGUUUAAGCAGUUCUUCACCAGCAGCCUAAGCCUGAAGCAUCUCAACAUUGCCAGCUGCAAGCUGCCGCUGGAGGCACUCAAGCAUCUGCUUCUCGGGCUAGCUUGCAACGAAUCGACGGCCGGCCUGUAUCUGGAUCUGAGCGGUAAUUCGCUCGGAUCUCAAGGAGCACACGUGCUUGAGUCUUGCAUUCACGGUGUGCGGGUACUGGCCAGCCUGGACAUUAGCGACAACAGUAUGGACUACGAGCUGGCCCACGUGCUGACGGCCAUCGGCAAGAACCCAUCGAUCCGGUCGCUGUACAUGAGCAAGUGCUUUACCGGCAUGAAGCUGAAACACAUCGGCACGGUCAUGGAUUCGCUGGUGAACCUCAUUCAGAAGGAAGAUUUCCAGCUGCAGGAGCUGGUGCUGGCCGAAAAUCGACUCAAAACCGAUCUGCACAACUUUAUCAACGCGCUCGGCAGCAACCAACACCUGCAGAUGCUGGACAUCACGGGAAAUCUGAUGGGCGACAUCGGUGCACGGUUGCUGGCGAAAGCGCUGCAGAUUAACAACAAGCUGAAAACGAUCGCCCUCGAUCGGAACAAUGUUACGCUGCAGGGGUACGCGGACAUAGUGUACGCGCUGGAGAACAAUUUCUCGGUGCGCAAUAUGCCGUUCCCGCUGCACGACAUUGCGCCCUGCCUGAAGCAGCACCCGGACCGUACCGAUGGGUUGAUGAGAAAAAUGCAGGAGCUGCUGUUCCGCAACGGAAAUGGGUUCAAACGUACCCAUGGCCAAGGCUUUCGACUGCAGCAUGGUUUUUUGCUAUCAUCCACGCACCAAGUGCUGGAUAAGCUGGUGGCGGAAACCCAGGAAACGAUGUCCUCCCGUCAGAGCUCUCUCGACGGGAGCUUAUCGCGCUUGCUGGAGGAUGCAGAAAACUGCAAACAGUUGCUGCCGAAGCUGCAAGAAUCCGUGCGCUGCGAUCCUCAUCCGAUUGAGGUGCGUCUCGGGAAAAUGAAAACGGAGCUGCAUCAGUCGAUUAAGAGCUAUCUGGAGGAAACAAUGGAAACGAUGCUACGCACCGGCAUCGAGCAGUGUCCCAAAACGUUAGGCUCUCAGGUGGUUCUGACCGAGCUGCGAAAAGGAUGCGAGGAGCGAUUGACGAUCUCGGAAGAGUUCUUGCAAAGCUGCCUCGUAAACAGUGCCGGUGGGGAAGUGAUGAAUCGUAUCAGCGAGGUGGAACAAUCGUUGGCCAGCCUGAUUUCGGAUCGAGCAACGGAUGAAGUGUUGGAAGCACUUACACGCUAUCGCAAGGGUUUGGGUAUUGCCGAGGGACCGCUCAGCUACACGGACGAUUUGCAUUCCUUAGAUGGGAGCAAAAAUAAUUCUAGUCAGAGUACCGAACCGAUAGCAAACUUUGAAUUGCGGGGGCUGGAUCUGCCGAAACUCGGGCUCGAUUCACCGACGAAAUUGGAAUACCUAAACCUAGCAACACCGCAGCUGCAGCACAAGCGUCGCUCCAUAGCGCGAAAGGUGAGGCCACAGUCGGUGGUUGGGCUUGGGGUGGAAAAUCUAAGCCUCGCCAACAUUCCCGAUGUCACCGAGACGUCCAUCAGCUCGGGUGUGUCGCGCAGCAGCAGCAAUAACAGUGGCUCCAAGAAGUAUGAAUCAUCGACCGCGAAGGAGGACGAGUGCUGCGACUCAAUCACGGAACUGCCCAGUCAAUCGCUUACCUUGCAGCACCUGGUUAAAGGACGUCCGAAACGAGCAAAAACUCGCGCACCGAAAAAACCCGUCGUCAUAACGGACAACGUUGCGGCGGGAGGCACGGUCGUAAACGAGGGAAUCGAAUCCUUCUUCCGGCCUGGUUCGGCUACUCCUUCAACACUGACGCCGCUCGUAUCGCCAACCUCCGAGGAGUGUAGCUCGCUCAGCUUCGUCGACAGUCCCACACUGAGCCGUGAUGAUGGCGGACGGUUCAGCAACGUAACAUCCGGUGAAACGACCCCAAUACUCGAAGAACGGAAGCCCCUCAAGCUGGAUCGCUCUUCACCGCUCCUGAAGGGCGUUAAUUGGACCUCACGCUCGCGGUCCUCGGACAACCUGGAAAAGGUGUCACCCUCGGUCAAUCGCAAAUCACCGCUGGUGAAAGCGGCCACGGAGGUAGUCGAAACGCCGGUGCGCGAAUCAAGACCGAUCGAUAAUGGUGCGGCGAGCAGUAAAUCACCGAGCAAUGAAUCGGUGCGCAGCAACCAUCAUCAUGUGGCGGAUCCGCCGUCGCACGGAGCAUUAUCGCGGCUUGGCAAUGGGACGGGACAGAAAACACCGAUCAUUUCGCCGAAACCGCGCCCGUGGUCGGUGCUGGGCCAUGAAUCAAAAAAUGAGUUUAACGAACCGUCGACAGUCGACAGUAUCGACACCGAUGGGGAUCUGGUGCUGAUCUCGGGACAAACGCCCGGAGGUUCGAUCGUCGGCAUAACGCCCGGUGCUAUUAGUGCGGCCGGUACGAGCGUCUCGGGUGGCAGUAUAUUGGGCAUUACGCCGGGGGCUGUCAUCGAGAAGAAAUCCGUCAGGGAUAUGGCGGCAGGGCUCAACAAACUGGGAGUAGAACUCGAGCGAAAUUCGUUGCUGAGAAGUUCGGUUUCCGCUCACUCGGCAUCGGCGGCCGUGUUGCGCACCUCGCCGUCCUCGAUAGUGGGACGCAAUAGUCAGAAAACUGGUAGCAUUGUAAGUAGCAGUAGUAACAGUAGCAGCUUUAAGAAUGGUGAUUUAGCGGCUUCCGAAGACGGAGGCCCACUACUGCCCAGCAGCAAUACCACGGAAAAGAAGCGCGAGGAAACCGGUGCUGGCACCGCGGUACCAAAGGACGAAACGCCCAUUAAGCGUAUAGUGGCCGGAAAGAAAAUUACUGCUCUGUUUGAGGAGACGCUAGUUGAAGGACUGCAGAAAGCAUCGCGUAAAACCAUGUACAGAGAGUCGACCGUCUACAAAGACGAAGACACGGUGGAUGUGUGACGGGGUGGGCGGAUUAGCUGCAACACUUUUUAACUCAACUGAAAUUAAUGCAAAAUCAGCACACACACAUACGUAGGUGCAUCGCUGAGAACUGUAGGAGCGCGUUGCGAAAACGGGCGAAGAUCGAAGAGAAUCAGUAUUGGUGCAUAUGAUAUUUGGAUACGGCAGGGUACACCAGAUCGUAAGUUUCUUUUAUUCUUUUAAUGUGUGUGUUAAGUCCCUUUUUUGUUUGGUUAAUCUAUUUUACAAACACAACAUCCUUUACACCACCCAAACCAAGACACAAGCGCGCACGCACAAGUCGCCGCCGCAAUACCCAUUGAGAAGUAUUAUUUUCACGCGAUCGUGACCGACAUUCGUUUGUGUUCCCAACAAUUGCUAUUGCUCUGCGUGCUAUUAGGACAUGUGCUUUACUUUAGUGUAAAUGUAUCUUUUCUAGCUGUGUACUAUCGCCACUCCAUAUACGGUAGCUCAUUAAAAGACUGUUAUUAUUGUCCUCCAAUUUUUGGUAGCGGUAAAGUAAAAACCAAACAAACGGUGCGUUAUGGGAAACGUUUCGGGUAAAAGGAUAAUUUUUGUUUUGCUGACUUCUUUGCCUCGUAAAGGCGCACUUUUGAAGCGGGCAAAUGUUAAAGGAAAAGUCUGGUAACACGAUAAGGAUUAGGGAUUAGUAUGGGUACCGUUUACAUCUAUUAGCUAUUGGCAAACACAGAGAGAGAGAGAGAGUGGGAGAGAGAGAGAGAGAGAGAGAGAGAGAGAGAGAGAGAGAGAGAGAGUUCGGAAAAGAGAAAGACGACGACAAUGUGUCACACGUUUGAAACUGAAAUUUGAAUCCGUAGGAAGAUCCGUGCGUCCUUUUGAUUUUUUCUUUGCAACACACACACACAUCCGCGCUGGUGUGUGGCACACAGGACGUAGAGCGAGCAAGAACUGUGCCAAAAUAAGAAUAUAAAUCUGAGAAUGUAAUCAGUUACAAGGGUAACCAGUGUCUAGUGAUCGUUCGAUCGAUCGUAUCAAUAGCUGAUCCAUGGUAUCGAGUAUAACACGAGCAACAAAAAUCGCAAGCAUAUAGCAGUGUAUGAGUAGUAAUAGCAGAUCGCACAUUAGAUCAAUUACACGUUCUUUGGGCAUUAUUAUCUCGUUCGAAAAAACACGGUAUCACGGUAGAGAGAGAGAGAGAGAGAUAGCGAUUGACACUGUGAACGGAGAGCACAAAUAAUGUACGCGUCAAAUGUAGUAAUGCUCUGCCGAGACACGAUAAAUCUGGUCAUACGAAGUCACAUUCCCCCGUUUGGACGGAGCGCGCGUCGUUGCAGCUGUGUCGGUGUCCCUUUGGACUACAACGAACGAACGAACCCGCUCAGCGACACUCAUAGCACCAUCACCACCAACACACGUUGAUAACAAUCGUAUGUAUUUUUUUCCAGUAGCUUAGACCGUUUGUGGGUCCGUUUCGAAUAAAUAGUGCAACCACACGAAAUGAGCAAGCGUCUCUCCACUUCUCCAACAAUAAAAAUUCCAGUGUUUUGUAGAUUUUUAAACAUAA